AUGCCCUUUCUUGACGAAAUCACACUCUCUCGUGACCAUGAGAAGCUCUAUUCUCCUGGUCAAACCCUGAGCUUGACACCGCACAAGGCACCGAAUCCUUGGGGUUGGAAGUACUACCGGAUGCCGCCAGACUUGAAGGACGAAGCCACAGCCCAGGGAGCGGAGGACCGGGAACUUACCCGUCUGGCGAUGGUCUUCCAAGAGGGAAACCAACCGCACAGACUCGACCGUCAGAUCCAGAAGGACGAGUCGAAAAAGAUGAAGGUCGAAAUCCUCGAGCUUUUUGGCAUUGACCGAUUCGGAGAAUACACCCCCGGCACUCAAAAGCUCAAGUGCAAGGUGCUUCAGGUCCCUUCUAACAGCAACGAUGAUCACCAACUUCCGGCAGUCGACGACAUCAUCUUCAUCAAAGUUUUUGACCCCAUGUUCUUUCCCCGAAACGUCAGUGCCAUCGACAUGGAGUGGAAGGUUACCGCUCGCGCAGACAUGGCCUUGAGCAAUGAGGUCGGAGCGUAUGGGUUUCUGUACAAACACGGCCUCACAGGCAGCCCCCAUGUCGCGCCUCAAUGGCUCGGCUGCUGGACCGCUGAGGCUCAAACCACCGACCUCGAGUAUGAAGGCCGCACUCGACAUGUUGGUGUCAUCGCCUUGGAGUACAUUGACGGCAUCUGCCUGCAGAAACUGUUGCGGACCAACGAAGACGGCGAACAUCACUACAUUGGCGAUCGUCUCAGAAUUGACGACGACGUAAAGGCACUCGUGCAGCUGGACCAGGCCACUCGAUUCGGCGUGAUAGAAGAUCUCUUGGCCGACGUUGUCAUUCAGUACAAGGUCGGUGUCAACCACCCCUGCAUCUACCCGGAAAACAUCGUCUUGUCUUUCCGCCGCGGAUCCGAGGAACUGAAACGACCGCGUGUUUCGCUCGUUGGCUACAAAGACUCCAUUGUUAACCCUCUUCGUCAUCCGCCGCGCAACUCUUUCGCCGACUACCCGAAGCCCAUUCACCCCUUCUUCAGAAUUAGCUACAAGAGGCUGCGGUUAUUCUUUCUUUGCCGUUGGUUUCCCUCCGAUUGGCAACCUGAUGAGAACGAAAGAUGUCGCCCAUUGGAUCGAUGGUUGAUGAAUACGUUCGGCCCUUUCGCGGAUAAUGAAAAGUACAACGAUCGGAUCGAGCGCAACCCUGUAAUUGCUGCGAGAGCAGCUGUUUUGAUUGCCGCUCGCAGGUUGCGGGAGAAGGCUGCCGCGAUCAAGCCUACAGAAGCAGAAGAGACCGGCAUGGCCGAGAGCCACGAGGAUUCCCAGAAAACACGCGAACCAGUCAUCGAACCAAACCCCACCGCCUCACAAAUCGAAGAAACAUCUUCUCCGAACGUUGCCUCUUACAGCAUGCCCGUGGGAGAAGAGAAGGCUAUCGUGUCCGAGUCUACUGACGCGGGAGCGACAGAGGCGGCUGAGAGCCACGAGGAGCCCCAGAAGGCAGGCGAUUCUGGUCACGAGGAUCCGCUCUAG